AUGGCGACUUAUCCUGUUCCCUAUAAUGGGACUGGUACGAACGGUGGGGAUUCUCUCACAGAAGACCUCAACAUUUAUUACAAUUCUGGCGAUAUCGCAUGGGUUAUUACCUCAACCGCCCUUGUUCUUCUUAUGAUUCCCGGCGUCGGAUUCUUCUACUCCGGUCUUGCUCGUCGGAAGUCCGCCCUUUCCCUAAUAUGGCUUUCAAUAAUGUCCAUAGGAGUGGUCUCAUUCCAAUGGUUUUUCUGGGGCUAUUCUUUGGCAUUCUCUCAUGGUGCCGGGAAAUACAUUGGUAACUUGGAUAACUUUGGGUUCAAGGGUGUCCUUGCUGCUCCUUCAGUGGGCUCUGAUAAGGUUCCGGAUCUACUGUUUGCUGUCUUCCAGGGAAUGUUUGCUGCGAUUACUGUUGCACUUGCCGUUGGUGCAGUUGCGGAACGUGGUCGAAUGCUCCCCUGCAUGAUUUUCGUCUUCGUCUGGAGUACUAUCAUCUACGACCCUGUCGCCUGCUGGACUUGGAACUCUUCCGGGUGGGUCUUUGAGUUGGGAGGGCUAGACUUUGCUGGUGGUACACCAGUUCACAUUGUCUCUGGUACGACGGCCCUGGCCUAUUCAUUGAUGCUCGGAAAGCGCCGAGGCCACGGAACUCAUGAGCUCAACUACCGCCCUCACAAUGUUACCCAUGUGGUCAUCGGCACCGUCUUCCUCUGGGUCGGCUGGUUCGGUUUCAAUGCUGGUUCCGCCCUGAGCGCUAACCUACGUGCCGUUAUGGCUGCCGUCGUGACCAACUUAGCUGCCUCUGUCGGCGGUGUCACUUGGUGUUUACUCGACUACCGCCUGGAGAGGAAGUGGUCCACCGUUGGAUUCUGUUCUGGUGUGAUUUCUGGUCUGGUGGCUAUUACUCCUGGCUCUGGCUUUGUGACUCCUUGGGCUGCGUUUAUCUUUGGCGUUGUUGGUGCUGCUUCCUGCAACUAUGCAACCAAGGUCAAGUACCUCCUUCGAGUCGAUGACGCCCUCGAUAUCUUCGCUGUGCACGGCAUUGGGGGUCUCGUUGGUAACCUUCUGACAGGUCUCUUCGCAGCUGACUACAUCGCCCACCUCGACGGCGCUACCGAGAUCGACGGCGGCUGGAUCAACCAGAACUACAUCCAGCUCGGCUACCAGCUCGCUGACUCAGUCACCGGCAUGGCCUACUCAUUCUUUGGCAGCUGUCUUAUCCUCUUCAUCAUCAACAUGAUUCCCGGCCUUAGCCUGCGUGUUCCGGAAGAGGACGAGAUCCUUGGUAUUGAUGACGCCGAGAUUGGCGAAUUUGCUUAUGACUACGUCGAACUCACCCGCGACGUGAUAAACGGAAGCACCGAGCACAUUGACGGUGCGUCGAAGCGCAGCACCACUCCGACUGAACCCAUUGAUUCUUCUCCGGAGCCCCUUAAGGCGUAA